AUGAGUGUUGAGACCCUGAGCCUGAGAUCCUUACUCUUUUUGGGAAUCUGUCUCAGCAUCAGGAGGAGUUUGGCCUCUUCUCCUGAGCUCCUAGAGCCACCUACCAACAUAGCCGUGGUGGGAGCCGGCAUCGGUGGCGCGGCCGCAGCGUUCUACCUGAGGCAGGAGUUCGGAGCCACGGUCAAGAUCGACGUGUUUGAACCUGGCGAUGUCGGUGGGCGACUGGCGACGGCUGAGAUGGCUAAGCAGGAAUAUGAAACGGGAGGCGUGGUCAUCCAUCCCCUCAACCUUCACAUGAAGCACUUUGUUGACAAACUAGGCAUCUCCAUGCGCCAGGACGUCCCGUCAAAAAAGGCAGUGUUUGACGGCAAUGAGCUCACUUUCGAAGAGAGCGACUGGUUCAUCGUAAACUUCUUGCGCAUGCUGUGGCGCUACGGGCUCAACUAUCUGUUCAUGCAGAUGUGGGUGGAGAGUGUUAUGGAUAAAUUCAUGAGGAUCUACCAAUACCAGCAGUACGGUUACUCCUUCACCAGUGUUGAACGACUUCUACACGCCAUGGGUGGGGACGAUUUCCUUAGCCUGAUGAACCGCACACUGGAGGAAACCAUGAGAGCCGAAGGAUUCCCUCAAAUCUUUCUCAACCACGUGGCGGCGCCCCUCACACGAGUCACUUAUGGCCAAAGUGUCCGCAUCAACAGCCUGGCAGGUGCCCUUUCGCUUGCGGCAGCCGACUCGGGCCAUUGGGCGGUGGAUGGCGGUAAUAAGAGAGUUUGCUCCGGGCUUCUUUAUCACAGCAAGAGUGAACUCAUUCAAGCCAGAGUGACCAACGUUGCCUUUAAAGUUCGACCAUCUAAGACAGGGCCUUCCACCAGCUUCUAUGAGGUCAACUAUAUAGGAGACACAGGCGCAGGGCAUUCAAUGUAUGACAUCGUUGUCAUAGCGACCCCACUUCACCAAGGCAAGUCUGACAUCUCCUUCUCAGGUCUAUCUCCCCCGACGGCGUCGCAGUUCCCCGGCAUUUACCACCAGGUGUUCUCCGUUCUGGUCCACGGAGUGCUCAACACCUCCUACCUCGGAGUCACGAGGCCCUCUUCGGAGUUCACGGUCUCUGAGGUACUCACCGUGGACUCCGAAGACAACGUCAUGUACAGUUUGACUUCCCUCGACCCGGUCCACAUCCCGUCCGGAUACAGCCGACCUCCGGCUAGCAGCGCCAAAGUGUGGAAGGUGUUUUCUCCUCGAGCGCUGAGCCAGGACGACCUCGCCCGCAUGUUCCUCUCGUGGGAUUCUGUAUCGCAGACCCCGUGGUUGGCAUACCCGACUUAUCGGCCUCCGCGACGCCAGAUCCCGCCUUUUAUCCUACACAAGCGACUCUACUACCUGAGCGCCGUGGAGUGGGCGGCCAGCUCCAUGGAGAUGAGCGCCAUCUCGGCCAGGAACGCCGCACUGCUGGCUCACCACCGCUGGCACGAGCAGACUGGGAGGAUCGACCAGGAGGACCUGCACACGCGCUUGCGGGGAGAGCUCUGA